AUGUGGGAGGUUUACAAUGACAUGGUUUUAAAUGGUUUAUUGCCUAGCUCGGUGACUUAUGAAAUACUAAUAGAUGCUUCUUGUGAUCGAGGGGAUAUUGUGAAGGCUAGAUUGUUGCUUGAAGAGAUAAUUGGAAGGGGAUUAAAACCGACGGUUGUGAUUUACACGACCCUUAUACAUGGACUAUGCAUAGAGAAUAAUUUGCUGGAAGCAAAAAAAAAUUUCACAAGGAUGCGAGAGUAUGGAGUGGUGCCUAACCUCUACACUUACAAUGCUCUAAUAGAUGGUUAUGGUAAGAAGGCGAGUGUUGAAAAAGCGCGCAGGGUUUAUUAUGAAAUGUUGGAUCAAGGAGUGCUGCCAAAUGUUAUUCCCUAUAGCAUCCUAAUAUAUUUGCUUUACAAGAAAGAUGUUGUCAUGUAUGGAAUACUUAUGAAGGGCUAUUGUAGAAUUGGUAGAGCUGAGGCCACAGAGAAUUCAUUUUGCAAGAUGAACAAGGAAGGAUUGAUGCUGAACUCUGUCCUAUUCAAUACGCUGAUUGAUGGGUAUUGGCAGUUGGCGGCUGCUAUGGGACUUUAUAAUGAAAUGACAAUUAAAGGUUACAAGCCUGAUGUAGUCGCUUAUAAUGCUUUGAUUGAUGACCACUUCAAAAAUGGUUACACUGAUGCAGCUCUUCAAUUGCACAAAGAAAUGAUGGAUGCUGGUAUAGCUCCGAAUAUUUUCACGAUUAGUUCUGUGAUUGAUGGGCUGUGCAAAGACGGACGGAUAAAUAAUGCAUUCAAUUUUUUCUUGGAACAAACUAUAGUUGAAUUUUCUGCUGAAACAGGUCAGACUUUUAAGGCCAGUAAGUUUUUCUCGGACAUGCGAAGCAGUGGGUUACAACAAGAAGUGUCUGACUAUGCUGCCAUUAUCCAAGCGCACUUUGGAGCUAAGCAUGUGCUCCCUGUGAUCAUGCUGAAAGUAGAUAUGGUGAAGAUGGGGAUACUGCCAAAUGCAUUCAUAUAUAAGAUCAAGUCUAGAGCAGUUGUUACCUUCUGA